AUGCUUGAUAAAUUACAAGUCUCAGUUUUGUGUGAAAGAGUGAUACGGAAUCCAGAGAGCAACUUGAAUGCGCUUGAUAAACUGGAUUAUUCUGAUGAAUUGAAUGGAUUGGCUGUAGCGAAAGUAUUUGCUUCAAUCUGUCCACUUUAUAAAAUACGAAUUGGUUCUGAUAAAAUUAAGCACAAAAAUGCAGAUAAUGCCGUGGAACAGUUUGACAGACAACUGCUGUCAUCGUACAAUGCAUUUCUGAUAAAGACACUCAAAAGCAAGGAGGCGUUCUCCUACAAAAUAGCAUCAUACUUGUUAGAGGAAUUGGAUCACUUUAAUUUUAAUGACAGGCUCGUUAUGAAAGUGUUGCUUGGAUUACGAGUUGAAAGUGUUAGGAAAAUAUGUAUUGGUGUCCUAUGUAGCAGAAUUGAGGAAGAUAACAACGGUGAAACCAUUUGGUUGAUACUGGAUCAUGCCUUAGACUAUGGAAUAGACUACGAAGUGUUGAAUGCACUGCUCAAGAGCAAGUAUUUGGCUAAAUGUGUACAAAUAAAGCACGAGAAAGAGACCAAAUACGAGAAGAAGGUGUACACGAAAGAGAAGACCAAGAAGGAUCCAUUUUAUAACAAGAAGAAACUACGAGGAAUAAGCAAAAAGGAAGAGAAGACAAGAUGCAAGAAGGAGAAGGAGACAAAGGCAGAGGAAGGAGAGGUGUUGGAUGGAAUUGAUAACAAGAUUUAUGUCAGAACAAGGAAUGCCUUACAGCGAAUUUACUUCACAAUUCUGAAAGAGAAGAAGACCAAAUGCAUAGAGGCAGUUUGUAAAGGAUUGUGCAAAUAUUUCACACUAGUAAACAGGGAGUUCUACGAAGGACUACUCUACCUGUUUACAGAGAAUUUGGUAACGAGAUGUGAGAGUAGGAGAGACGUAAUCAACAACAUUGAAAUAGUUAAGACAAUUUACGAAGUAUUCAAGUCACAGGGCAUUGAUUUUGGUAAAAUAAGCGAAUACUUCCUGAAUAUGCUGGAAAUUGAUACACAGAUGCACGUCACCGUUGAACAGUUCGAUAACGAGUUCGUUGGGGUGCUCCGACUCAUCUUCCUCGAAAACAGGCAACAAAACGGGGUUGUUCUGAAAAUGCUCAAAAAACUGGUUGGACUGAGCAUAUGCAGAUAUCUGCCAGUUGUAACUGGAUUUAUCAAGGAAGUAGAAAUCAAAUACGACAUCGACAUCAAAGAACACUACAAACAGACUGAUUGUGAGACCAAUUUCGCGUAUUUCCUCAUGAAAUCAUUUCCAUGA